AGCGCCCCGUCAGUACGCGUUAGUCGCGCGUUGGCCACAGCCGCGUUCGCACAACUUCGUUCGUUUGUCACGCGCCGUCAACACGCGAUAAAUGGCGCCCAAACUGGGACCUCUUUAUCGCGGGUGAUUCGUGGUGGGCAGCGGUAGGCCGCGGCGCAAUCACACAUGCUGACGAUAUGGUAUGCUCAAACCCUAAUGGACCGAUUCCGAUGGAAUUUUCUUUUUGCCUAUUUUGGAAGCAGAGCUGAGCUUAUUUUUAAUGAUACAGUAUGGCCGCGGCACAUUGGCUCAACUCGCUCGGAUACCUGUCGCUGUCGGUGCUAUGUCUCCUCGCCACUACUCUUCAGGUCACAAGCGUGCUCGCGGGAGAGACCACGGAGCUCUCGAGUCUGGCCUCGCUCGCCGAACCCUCGCCUACUAAGCUUCCAAAGUGCGACCGUACGUUCGUGAGCCGCGGCGGCGCCAGCAACGGCACUUUCCACGCUCCAGAACUCCUGAACCCGAACAACCACAGCCGCCAGUGCCUCUACACGUUCCUAGCGGCCCCGGGGCAGCGCGUGCUGGUCGAGUUCCGAACAUUCGAUCUUCGAGGGAAGCCACCAGAUGGAGCGGCAGUGGGCGAACUUCCAGCAUGCAUGCACGAGUAUAUGGACAUCUACUCCGAGAUGGCGUCCCUGGAGGCGGGGGAGUUGGUCAACUCCGCCUUCGGUGGACGUUUCUGUGGACCGAUCCCACCACGCCGCCGCGUAUCCCUUCACCGAGCAGUCGCGCUCGCAUUUUUUACAGAUCAUACGUAUACGCCUCCCACGCUUUUCGCAGGAACCUAUCGAUUCAUCAACGCUUCGGAAUUCGAGGUAGGGACGCCAGUCCCGAACACGAUGUGCUCGUUUAUAAUCGAGUCGAGCAAACGCAAGACGGGGCUGCUGCUGUCCCCGACCUACCCCGGCAUCUACCCCAAGGACGUAACGUGCAACUAUCAGUUCGUCGGCCAAGCGGGCCAACGCAUUCGCCUCGAAUUCCGAGACUUCGACCUGUUCUUCGGCGGACCUCACUGCCCGUUCGACUGGGUGCGCGUGUACGACGGGCCCGACAACUCGUCGGCCGUCAUCGGCACGUACUGCGGGCAGCAGCGCAACCUCGUACUGUACUCCAGCGACGAGCGCCUACUAGUCACCUUCUUUACUUUGCCGCGAUCGGCCAACACGCAGAACCGCGGUUUCAAGGGUAUCUUCGAGUUUUCAGAGAGUUUUGUUAAGUUAGAUUUUAUAAGUAAACACGAUGCCGAGCACAUUAGAGGCUCAGAGUGCGAUCAGAAAAUACUUAGUAAAAAGGAAUCUACAGGAUUCGUGUACCAUCCAAAUUAUCCAUUUCCCUAUAUACAAAAAGUUGUUUGUAGAUAUUUUAUAUAUGGUAUGCAAGACUCACAAAAUUUGGAGAGAGUUCGAUUAGAGUUUCAGAACUUUUCUAUACCGAAGGGAGAAAAUCCAAAACCUGAUUCAUGCCAAGACGGUUACCUGAAAGUAUAUUUGCGUGGUCAAGAGGCAACUGACUCGUAUGAUAAGCACGACGCGGAAUUGUGCGGAGAGGGUUCUCCCGAUCCCGUUUACCCCCCACCACUACUAUCAGAUGGACCCCGUCUAGUCAUGGUGUUCAGUUCUGGUGAACUCCAGGGUCGCGGUUUUAAAGCUAAAUAUACAUUUGAGACUGAAUACCGUGUACCGGGUACUGCAGCACCGGGCGGCGAGUGUGCAUUCACAUAUCGUUCGGAAGCAAAGAAACGCGGCGAGUUUAACUCCCCCCGCUAUCCUUCGAACUACCCCUCGCGUACCAAUUGCACGUACACCUUGGUUGCGACGCCCAACGAACAGGUCACCGUCGUGUUCGAUCACUUCAAAGUCAGAGCUGACUCGUGGAAUGCCACUGCUGGGUUAUAUGGCGGCGCAACUUGCAGUGAGGACUGGGUAGAGGCGUGGUGGACGGGGCGCGAGGGCAGUCGCGUGCCUUUAGGUCGCUGGUGCGGGCCCGCCACGCCCGGACCACUGCAGUCACCUCGCGGUGCUCUGGGGCUCCUCAUUGCAUUGCACACCGACUACGAUUCAGUGGCCUCAGGGUUUAAAGCACGUUACGUGUUUGAGCCCGCGAAAUCGAUCUUCGGUGAUUGCGGCGGCAACGUGUCGGGCUCGUCGUGGGGCGCGGUGUCGUCCCCGCGCUACCCGCUGCCGUACGAGGCGCCCGCGCGCGGCGCCGCCUCGCGGGUUUGCAACUGGUUCAUCACCGCGCGCCCCGGCCGCCGGCUGCUCAUCAACUUCGACCACUUCGCCGUCGAAGGUCACCUCACCGAACGCGGUUGCCCUGCGGCGGUGUUACGGCUGUGGUACGAGAGUCCUGGUCCGCCGCUGGAGCUGUGCGGCGAGAAGGCACCCGCCGACCGCUGGCAGUAUCUCUCAUCAUCCAACUCGAUACGACUCUCGUUCAUAAUAGCGGACAAGUCGGUGGGCGCGGGAGGCUGGCGCGCGGUGUGGACGGAGGUGACGGUGGGCGCGGGAGAGGACUGCCCCGCCGCCUGCGCCGGCGCCUGCCUGCCGCCGCGCGCCGCCUGCUCCGGCCUGCAACACUGCGCCGGCCAGUCCGCCGCCCGCCCCGCGCACUGUUAGUAUACCCGUCUGCCCCAACCGACCGGCGGACUGUAGGAUUCAGUAUUCACUGUCAGAACACAAUCUUGCUAAACAUUUUCGACGAUACAUAUAAAUCCAGAUAAAUGCAGAUCACUAAUAUCUAUUCCCCUUGAAUCUCAAAAUCAAAAAAACCCACGACUUAAAAAAUUUAAUACUCUAAUUAAAUAAAAACCUACAUGUGAACCUUCCAUGUAACUUCAAAAGUGUGGGGUCUAGCAGAUUUGCUGUCAAUUGACAUUUUGCAAUUACCUUCGUUUUUUGAACCAAUUAUUCGUUAAAUGUUAAAUAAUUACAAUUUAAGUUAGAUUGCGUCGCAUUCGAAACCUCAAUAAUACACCAAGAAGGACUACAAAACUAGGAUAGACUUCGCUUCUGCGUAACAUUCAUACCACUGAAUCAUUUCAACUGACACACGACAUAGUGCUGGUGUUUGGCUAACACAUGAUUGCAGUAAAAUUCGCACCGAAACACUUGCACAAAAUCGCACCUGUUUUCAUACUGUAUAUUUACGUAUAAUAAAUACCUAAGUGUAAUAAAUAUGUUUAUAAAAAACAUUAAUCAAUUGAUAAAGAGAGAGAGAGAGAGCAGCACCAAUUCUUAUAAUUGACUAUUUUAUCUUAAAUAUAAAUGUGUAGUGUAACUCAUAGAAUACAAAAAUUACUAUAAUAUAUAAAAUUUGAAAGAACAGCAAAAUGUACUGUACCUAUUAAAAUUAAUUACAUAUCGAAGUGUGACUUGAAGAUUAUUAAGAUGAUAAAUAAUAGUAAUCGGUAGAAUGGAUUUCGCCCUAGUACUAAAUUUACAAAUAUAUUAAAUAUACAUAUUUUUCUCUAUAUUAAAACAAAAAGUGGCGCCCAAAUUGGGACAAAAUAAAGAAAACGCGGGUCAUAAUAAAACACAUUUGAGUAAUUUCAAUUUGUAUUUAACAGUGAUCCUCUUUUAUGGAUUAAUUUCUCAUUUAACAUUCACACUCGAUUCGUUAUCAUGUUGAUUUAUAAUGUUGUCUAGUUGAACGUAUUUAUUGGCAAUAGUUAUUUAUUAUAUUUGAUUCACAUAAACUAUGGUGUGUCCAUAUCUGUCGAUUACGUUGCAUAGUAGUUCAGUAAGUUUUGAAAUAGGAACCUGAUUGGCUUUUCGAUUAUUAAGCUUAUAUAAUUCUUAUUUUUAUCUAAUGUUCAAAAUUUUCAUCUACACUAUUGAUAGAUAAAAUUGUUAUCCGUAUGUUGUUCGCACACUGCAAUUUCGUAUACGAUGAUAAUGUAUCAACACAGUUGCAUUUUGUCGUUGCAAUUAAUAAUAUUUAAAUAAUAAUUUAAAAUGUAGAUUUUACGGAGUAAGCAGUAUUAUUAUUUGCAUUGAAAGUAAAGCCGUUGUUAUAUUUAAUUUUAUUAUAAAUAUUACAAGUUAACAAUGUAUGUGCUCAAUUUUAUUAGAUGUAAAAUAGUUUUAAUAGUUUAAAAGGUAAAUUAUGAAACAUUUAAGUGAUUUGUUUAUUUGAUCAUGCAAGCGCUUUCUGCUGCUUACUCCUGCUUUCCUCUAUGAAUUGUAAGAUAUUGUAUCUAAACACUGUAGAACUGUUAAAUGAUAUAUUACUUAAAUAACAUAUAUAACAUACAUUCACUGUACUCUUACUUCUCAAUAUUGACGGUUCAAUGCAAUCUUUGUCUCAGAGGAUAUUAUUAUAUGUUAAAUGUUGGUAGGUAUUUAGAACAAAAAAUGAAAUUUAAACUGUUUACCAAAUAGCGUAAUAUAUUGACGAUGUUGGAA